UCUCUCUGUUCAUUCCUGCAGUGUCCCGUUGGAGGACAGUCUGUCUGAACUCGCUGCGCUGUUAAAACUCCCAGGAUUUACACUCUGCCAUUUUGAGCAAAACCGGCCGACAUCAGACUUCAGACGCGUCCAUCAAAUAGAAGUCAUGACCUGAAUUAGUGAACCACCGCUGUGAAUUUAGGAGACGGUCUUGAAGUGGGGGGCAGUUAAUCAGACAAAGGAGGAACUGUUGUUAGGACUGGUCUUCAGUUGUCUGCAGCCAUGUGUUCUACCAAUCAUUCAAACUGGGUCACAUUUGAAGAUGACAACACACCGCUCCCCUCACCUCAGAAGCCCCUACAGUCACCAGGGCUUAUCAAAGCAUCGGUACCACGUCCCAACGGUCUGAAAUUAGUGCUUCCUCCAAUCAGAGACACUUCCUGGAGCUUCAGUCGUUCCCUGGAAUCCCCUCAAAGCCACUCGAGUCCCAGUGGAAGUUCCUGUGUACCAUGUAACACACCCUUUUGCACUCCUGUGAGCGGGGCUCCCAGCAGUGCAUCCCCAUUUCACCCCAACAUGUGGGAAAAGAAUGACUUCUUCCGGAGUUUGUCCAGCGCGUCAACCACCUCUGCCCCCUCCCCUGCACCAGAGGCCGUGAGUCAAACCUCAGAUGGACCAAGCCCUUUCCCUUCUUUCCAGGGGAACUCAGGACACUAUAACCCCUUCUGGGAUGGAUCUAGGCACAGUGCAGAUGUGGGCAGCUCCUCCUCAGACUCAGAAUGUGACAACAGCCUACCACGUUUCUUUAUACGGACCAAAGAUGGCAGUGAGCCUCCACGUGACCACCUCCAGAACUCCUUCUCCUACGUUUGCCACAAACUGGAAGGCCUUCAAACAGAAACAGACCAUGACACACAGACAGAGACAGAUGGGGAGAGGCGGCUAAGUUGCAAAAAUGAGGUGUUAAGUGAAGAUUCAUCUCACUUUGUCCCUCGGGGUCUGUUUCGUAGCCAGAAGAGAGACGGCUGGUCUGUCAUGCUCAGGAUUCCUGAAAAGAAGAAUCGCAUGUCCUCUCGACAGUGGGGGCCGAUCUAUCUCCGCUUGUUGCCGGGAGGUGUGCUGCAGAUGUACUAUGAGAAAGGGCUGGAGAAGCCAUUCAAGGAGUUCCAGCUUCUCCCUCAGUGUAGGCUCUCAGAUCUUAAACUGGAAAGUUACGGCGAGCCUCGCAAAGUCCUCACAGUGAAGGUGGAGCAUUUCUCCUACAUAGAGAAGAAACGCUAUCACCCAAAAUUGGAGGUCAGUCAUGAGGCAGAGGUAGAGCAGCUGCUCAAGUUUGGCUCCACAGUGCAUGACGACAUGGAUGACUUGGUAGUCUCCAUGGAGGAAGAAAUCUUCAAACUAUGUUUGCACCAUCAGCAGAGGCGGCACUACGAGGAGCAGGAACUGUCAUUGCAGAUCACUGAUCAUAUCUGGGUACAACUGGAUAAGUCUGGAGGAGUCAUAGAGCGGACAGCCUUCACCCAGAUUCACUGUCUGGCUUUUCUGAAUGGACUAGGGGAUUGUUUUCUUGCUCUCAAUGAUCUCGGGCUGCUGCACAAUAACUCCAGUUAUGGGUCUGAAGACGGCAGUGAACUCUGGAUGGAGAUCACUGACUGUCAUUUUCAUAAAUGCGUGAACGAGACAGAGUUUCAGAGGUCCCGGCUGAUUAAGUUCUCACCUCCUGACGCCUGCAGGGUGGAGCUGAUGCGGUACAAGACGACAACUUUGGGUUGCACAGAAAUUCCUUUCUCGAUCAAAGCUGUGGUCACUGUUCAAGGUGCCUAUGUGGAGCUCCAGGCCUUUCUUAACAUGUCCGCUACCUUCCUGUCCUCCUUGGCAGGGUCUGACAGGUACCCUCUGUGUGAGAAUGUAGUGAUUCGUGUGCCAGUGCCAGGCGACUGGGUCAAAGUGACACAGACGGUGGCCUUGCUGCGACAGAGGUCACUGAAGGCUCGUAUGAACAGAAAUGCCUGCUUGGGCUCUGUCACUGAUGCAGAUUCGCAGCCUGUCAUGCAGGUGUCAAUCGGCACUGUCAAGUAUGAGAAUGUAUAUUCAGCCAUCGUGUGGAGGAUCGACAGACUGCCUGCCAAAAAUACAGCAGUGGAUCAUCCCCAUUCAUUUUCCUGCAAGCUAGAGCUGGGAUCUGAUCAGGAGAUCCCAAAUGACUGGUACCCCUUUGUCACGAUGGAAUGUGAAAUAAUGGGCGCAGUCGUGUCACAAACCAGGGUGAAGUCACUGGGCACUGCCAACGACAUCCAGCCACAGAAACACUUGACUAGUUGGACACGCUAUCAUUGUCAGGUGGAAGUUGAGAAGAAGUGGAUUGAAACAGAGUCAGAAAGGCAGUCUGGCUGUAUGACACAGUGAUGAUUAAAACAGCUCUGAAGAGGAUGUUAUCCCUUUGGUCAGAGACAUUUGCCAAAAUCCUCUUAAUGGUGAAAAGGGAUAACAAAAAAUGAACAAAAACAAGGGUGAUGAGGGACUUUCUGCUUAUAUCCGGUGUCAAAUUCAUCUAAUUACACAUAGCCUGGUAACCGAUUUUGUAUCCUUUUACUGAGACUGAAUUAGCCUAGACCUAAUCCAAAAUUUAACAUGGACCUUUUGCCUAGCACUUUACAUUUAAUAGAUUUAUUAAUUGUAUGAUUCCAGUUUAUAUGAGUUCUGUAUAUAAGCUUGCAUUUGCAUCAUCUGCACUGCCCUCCAGAAUGAUUGGCAGCCUUAAUAAAUGUAUGCCGAACAGGCUGAAUGAGAUAAACAGCACAAGUAAUGAGAAAUAUUCACUGUGUUUGAGAAAACUAAUUAUCAGCAGAUGUUUAGAGCAAGGCUCUGUAGUUGCCUAGCACUGUUUAAACUUCACAUACUUCCUAAUUGAUUUGUUUAGGUACAACUCCUCCAUAUUUGUACUAAAUGCUAUUUGGCAGUGGCAUUACAGUUUUGAUUAUUGUGCUUUAGGUGUCUCAAUAUGUAACCCCAGGUAUCAGUAAUUGUCAGACAGAAUAAUUGGAACACCUGGUGGGAAAGAACUGUAGUAAUGUAAUUAUAGUUGCACAAAAACAUUGGUUCAGGGGCGGGUCACACAGUGCUGAGUCCCACAGAGCAGCAUUUGUCUAAUGUGACUUAAUCAAAGGUUAUUAGAAUAAUUUGUUUGAACUGACUCCGGUUGAACGCCAUUUAGCAGCUAAUUCUCCUCGAUGGAACACCUCGAUAAGAUGAGUUGUCACAGCAACAUGAGACCAACACACGCUUAAAUCAUUUUUUCCCAAAUUAUAUGUGCAUUGGCCAAAAAAGCUACAAAAUAACUGUCUUGCUUUUGCCUAAGUGAAACAGCAGUUGCCGUUUAUAAGUAAUCCAACUUUAGUAUGACUAAUACAGUGUGUCCCACCUUUUGACUGGUUUUUGAACAAGAUGUAGUAUAGUAGCAGCAGUAUAAAACUUUGCUGUGCAAAAAAAUUGUUGUGCAACACAGGGUGCGUUAUUAUAAGUGAGUAUUAAGUGAGGAAUUGAGAAAUAUGUUGGGUUUUUUUUCAACAUGAAACAGCUCAUUACUUUUGUUGCUUACCUCAAGCUGACCUUUGGCUUUAUACCAAGUUUGUAUUCUGGAGGACUGUAAUGUUAUUUAAACAAAUCAAAUCUUUAUUAUGGGAUCUUUCUGCCUCUGGGUUGUGAAUAGGUUAAAUGGGAAAAAAAGAGUGGUGAAGCUUUGUAGUGAACAACAAGGCCUUCAGUGAUGACUUGUAUGUAUGAGGUACCUGGCUUAAGCUGGAUAUUAUGUACAUCAAGAGUAAAAAUUGAAUUAAA